CAGAUAAAAUAAACCGACACGCGCUCUCACUCGCACUCUAAUAGCUUGCUGGUAUCUUCAAUCAACAAGAAAAAGAAUGGCAGCUGCGUCGAUAACUCGCUUGCAAAUACUAUCAUCGUUACCAUCACCGAUAAAAAUAAUCAAACGGUCCUCCGCAUUUCUCUCAAAAAUUCCGCCAAUUCAUAACCACUACCACCAUCGCUCUCGCAAAUUCCACACCACUCUCUGCUGCUCCACUUCCAAUCCAGGUCGAACACUAGAGAAUGGAUCGAUUGUUGGAGAUUUACUGGAUUAUCUCAAUGAAUCAUGGACUCAGUUUCACGCUACAGCGGAAGCGAAGAGGCAAUUGAUUGAUGCUGGAUUUGACUUGCUAAAUGAGCAUGAAGAAUGGGAAUUAAAGCCUGGCGGACGAUAUUUUUUCACAAGAAACAUGUCUUGUUUGGUUGCUUUUGCUAUUGGUGAGAAGUAUAGUGUUGGAAAUGGGUUUCAUGUAAUAGCUGCACAUACAGAUAGUCCGUGCUUGAAACUCAAACCGAGAUCUGCGUCGUCCAAAUCUAGUUAUCUAAUGGUUAAUGUGCAGACUUAUGGAGGUGGUUUAUGGCAUACUUGGUUUGAUAGGGAUUUGAGUGUUGCAGGAAGGGUCAUCGUGAGAGGUAGUGAUGGUUCAUUUCUGCACAAGCUUGUUAAAAUAAAAAGACCUUUGUUAAGAAUACCAACACUCGCCAUUCAUCUUGACCGCACAGUAAAUAAGGAUGGUUUUAAACCGAACUUAGAGACUCACCUUAUUCCACUACUUGCAACAAAAUCUGAAGAAGGUUCUUCAGAGGCGAAAGAGAAAAAUACUGAAUCUUCAAAAGCUGUUCAUCAUCCGCUUCUGAUGCAGGUUUUAUCAGAUGAGCUGAGUUGCAGCAUUGACGACAUAGUGAGUAUAGAGUUGAAUGUUUGUGAUACUCAGCCCAGCUGCCUUGGAGGUGGAAACAAUGAGUUCAUUUUUUCUGGAAGGCUAGACAACCUUGCUUCAAGUUAUUGUGCAUUAAGAGCUCUUAUUGAUUCAUGUGAAUCAUUCAGUGAUUUAUCAAAUGACACUGCAGUUCGGAUGAUUGCUUUGUUUGAUAAUGAAGAGGUGGGUUCAGGUUCAGUUCAGGGAGCUGGUGCACCGACCAUGUUUCAGGCUAUGAAACAAAUUGCUGGGUGCUUGGCUCGUAAUAAUGUUAAUGAAGGGGCUAUUGAGCGUGCUAUUCGGCGGUCAUUUCUUGUAUCUGCUGACAUGGCUCAUGGAGUACACCCAAAUUUUAUGGAAAAGCAUGAAGAACACCACCGGCCUGAAAUGCAAAAGGGACUUGUUAUCAAGCACAAUGCAAAUCAGCGGUAUGCUACCAGUGGAGUCACAGCAUUUCUUUUCAAAGAAGUUGGCAAAAUCCAUAACCUUCCAUCUCAGGAAUUUGUGGUGAGAAAUGAUAUGGGAUGUGGAUCCACCAUUGGUCCUAUACUUGCUUCAGGUGCUGGCAUCCGCACAGUUGAUUGUGGCAUUCCUCAACUUUCAAUGCACAGUGUGAGAGAGAUAUGUGCAAAAGAAGAUGUAGACAUUGCCUACAAGUAUUUCAAAGCAUUCUAUCAGAACUUUUCAAGCAUAGACAAGAAGCUGGAGGUGGAUUGAGUUGUUUGCAGGCUUACUGUAGAAGACUAGUUUGGUAUAAAAGAGAGACCUUAUGAUUUCAUUUAUUACUCAUAAAAUAUUUCUAUUCUUCAUAAGCUCAUUUUUACCUCCAAAAUAACGAUUUGCAA